AUGAUGUCUGUGUCCGGGAGGAAGGAGUUUGACAUGAAGCAGAUUCUGAGGCUGAGAUGGAAAUGGUUUAGCCAGAGCUCUUCUGGAAGCAGUGGCUGUCUCCAGCAGGAGGGAUUUGAGCACCGUAGUAUGGGUCAGAACAGAUUGAAAAGCCACUCAAGGGACAGAAGUGGACUCACAAAAAACAGCAGUCCUGUAAACAGUUUACUGGCACCUGUGCCAGUUCCAAUUUACAGGAGACCUGACAGUCAGCCAUGGUAUCAGCAGAAUACAGUGCCACGCACACCAGAGAAUGAAGGACUCGCUAAAAUUUCUGAUCAAGAGGAUUCAGUUAAAGAAGAAAAAGAGAACAAAGGAGCAGUGGAAUCAGGCAGUGUUGAUCUCACAGAAGAGCCUACAGAGAGGUUGUCAUUGAACAGCUGCUCCCCUAAUAGGAUGAGUUCCGGUAGUUCAGAUGAGUUCUUCCAGUCAACGAAUCAUGCAGAGCAGACAUUUCGGAAAAUGGAGAACUACCUCCAGCACAAGCAACUGUGUGAUGUUCUUCUGAUUGCAGGGGAUCUCAAGAUUCCUGCUCAUCGGCUUGUCCUUAGUGCUGUUUCAGACUACUUUGCUGCCAUGUUUACAAAUGAUGUUCGUGAGGCCAAACAAGAAGAAAUUAAAAUGGAGGGUGUUGAUCCUGAUGCACUGAAAGCACUUGUUCAUUAUGCUUACACAGGUCUCUUGGAGCUGAAAGAGGAAACUAUAGAGAGCCUAUUGGCUGCAGCAUGUCUACUCCAGCUCUCUCAAGUGGUGGACGUAUGCUGCAACUUUCUUAUGAAACAGCUCCAUCCAUCAAAUUGUUUGGGAAUAAGAUCCUUUGCUGAUGCUCAAGGCUGCAUGAAUCUGCUAAAAGUGGCUCACAGCUAUACCACGGAGCAUUUCAUGGAAGUGAUAAAGAACCAGGAGUUCCUUCUGCUCCCUGCCAGUGAGAUUGAGAAGCUCCUUGCUAGUGAUGACAUUAAUGUUCCCGAUGAGGAGACCAUAUUUCAAGCUUUGAUGAUGUGGGUGAAACACGAUUUACAGAAGAGACAGCAGGACCUUGCAAUGCUCCUGUCUUACAUCAGAUUACCUUUACUAUCUCCACAGCUUUUGGCUGACUUGGAAAACAAUCCAAUGUUUGCUGAUGAUCUGGACUGUCAAAAACUUCUUAUGGAAGCUAUGAGGUAUCACUUGUUGCCAGAGAGACGGCCCAUGAUGCAAAGCCCCAGGACGAAGCCCCGAAAGUCUACAGUUGGGGCACUUUACGCUGUAGGAGGAAUGGACACCACCAAGGGGGCUACAACAGUAGAAAAAUAUGAUCUCAGGACAAACAAUUGGAUGCAAGUAGGCACAAUGAAUGGAAGACGUCUACAGUUUGGCGUGGCAGUGAUUGAUAGCAAGCUGUAUGUGGUUGGUGGGAGAGAUGGAUUAAAAACAUCCAACACUGUAGAAUGCUACAAUCCAACAGCCAAGGUCUGGUCCAUAAUGCCGCCAAUGUCUACACACAGGCAUGGCCUAGGAGUAGCUGUACUUGAAGGACCAAUGUAUGCAGUUGGUGGACAUGAUGGUUGGAGCUACCUUAACACUGUAGAAAGGUGGGACCCACAAGCUCGUCAGUGGAACUACGUUGCAAGCAUGUCAACUCCAAGAAGCACGGUAGGAGUUGCUGCAUUAAAUGGCAAGCUGUAUGCAGUAGGUGGGCGAGAUGGCAGCUCCUGCUUACGAUCAAUGGAGUGUUUCGAUCCUCACACCAAUAAAUGGAGCAUGUGUGCUCCCAUGUCCAAGAGAAGAGGUGGUGUGGGAGUUGCUACGUGCAAUGGUUUUCUUUAUGCAGUGGGAGGACACGAUGCCCCUGCCUCUAAUCACUGCUCCAGGCUUUCAGACUGUGUGGAACGGUACGAUCCAAAAACAGACACCUGGACAUCUGUGGCACCUUUAAGUGUUCCAAGAGAUGCUGUAGGAGUAUGUCUUCUUGGCGACAAGUUAUAUGCUGUAGGAGGAUACGAUGGACAGACUUACCUAAAUACUGUAGAAUCUUAUGAUGCACAAAACAAUGAAUGGACAGAGGAGGUGCCUCUGAAGAUUGGAAGAGCUGGUGCUUGCGUUGUUGUGGUCAAAUUGCCAUGAAGCACUGAAAAGAAUGUAUUUUUUUUAAACUGAUGACCACAGAGAGUCA